AAGUAUAUUGUAUAUUUUCAGAUGAAAAUGGCCGCCGGUGUGUUAAAGUUGUUGUGUCAUUGUAGUUUUGUUCUUUUUUGUUUACUUCUAUUUCUACCUCCUGGCGUGCUUUCAGUGAAAAGACACGACUUCAAAACAUGUAAAGACAGUAGCUUCUGCCAGAGGCACAGACAAUUGCCAAAAAACAGUCUCUCAUUUUAUGUCUCUAAAUCUGUGCAAGUAUCGAAGGAGUCAGUUCAACUGGAGAUUUCGGGAAUUGAGAACAAGAAGCCUCUGCUUCUCUCCAUCACACUCCUCAAUGGUCCCAUGUUCCGAUUUAAAGUCAACGAGGUGGAUCCGCUCUAUCCGAGAUUCGAAGUGCCAUUUGUGAUCGAACAGCUACCCCAACAGCAGACUUUCUCAAUAGAGGAAGAUUCGAAAGAGAGACUAGUACUGAGUGCAUCUUCUGCAGAUGUCAAGUGUGUGGUAAUGAAGAACCCCCUGGUUAUAUUUGUUCUCCACCAGGGAGAAGUCAUAGUCCAGUUGAACAAAGACUGGCUGCUCAAAUUCGAAGAGUACAGGGCCAAACCUCUGGUGACUGGAGGCACAGACAACGAGAAACAGGAGAAUGAGGAUGACGAAGACAAUGAAGACGUAGAUGCCCAUGAAGCAGAUGAAGAAGAAGCACAUGAAGAUAAUCAGGGGGAACAAGUGAAGGAUACGCAAGAAGAUGAAUCCGAAGAUACGGGUCCGGAUGAGAAGAAAGCCAAACUGGACCUGGAGAAGGGAAUGUGGGACGAGUCAUUCAAGUCCCACCCGGACUCGAAACCCAGAGGACCUGCAUCAGUGGGAAUGGACAUUGGGUUCCCAGGGUUCAAACAUAUCUACGGAAUUCCAGAACACGCUGACUCUUUCAACCUUAGAAACACGAUGGACGGAGACCCAUACCGCAUGUACAACCUGGACGUGUUCGAAUAUGAGCUGGAUAGUCGUAUGGCUCUCUACGGGGCCAUACCAGCAGUAGUGGCCCACAAUGCCAAGAGGUCAGUGGGCAUACUGUGGCUGAAUGCUGCUGAGACAUGGAUAGAUGUAGACAGACCAGAAGACUCAAAGCCAAUCCUGAAGAAACUGUCCGACUUCGUUUCGAAGUCCUCGAAGGAGAACAGUGACUUAGUGACUACUCAUUGGAUAUCAGAGAGUGGUAUCAUUGACCUGUUUGUGUUUGUGGGUCCAACGGCGAAGAACGUUUUCUCUCAAUAUGCUUCUUUGACUGGACUGGCGCCACUUCCUCCGGCAUUCUCUAUUGCUUAUCAUCAGUGCAGAUGGAACUACAACGACGACAAGGACUGCAGAGCAGUGGACAGUGGAUUCGAUGAGCACGACAUCCCAUAUGAUGUCCUCUGGCUAGACAUAGAACACACGGUUGAGAAGAAGUAUUUCACCUGGGAUGCUCACAAGUUUCCAGAUUCGAAGCAAUUGCUGGACGAUCUGAACGCAAAGGGCAGAAAGAUGGUGACUAUAAUAGACCCCCAUAUCAAGCGAACAGGAGGCUUCCAUGUGUACGAUGAGGCUACCCGACUGGGCUACUUUGUGAAGAAGAGUGAUGGGAAGACGGACUACAAUGGGUGGUGUUGGCCUGGAGACUCCUCGUGGGUGGACUAUCUGAACCCGGCUGCGCAGACAUGGUGGGCGGGACUGUUCUCACUGGACAUGUACAAGGGCUCAACUCUGAGUCUGUUCACGUGGAAUGACAUGAAUGAGCCGUCAGUGUUCAACGGGCCGGAAAUUACGAUGCACAAGGAUGCCCUGCACCAUGGGGGAGUGGAACACAGGGACAUACACAAUAUGUAUGGCAUGCUCAUGGUCAUGGCUACCAACAGGGGACAACUUCUCAGGUCCCACAACCAGCACCGACCUUUCGUCCUUAGCCGAUCAUUCUUCGCUGGAGGCCAGAGAUUGGGAGCAGUGUGGACAGGCGACAACAAGGCCAGCUGGGAACACAUGAGGGCCUCUAUCCCCAUGUUGCUUUCUAUGAAUGUUGUGGGACUGACUUUUGUGGGGGCGGAUGUGGGGGGAUUCUUCGGGGAUCCGUCGCCAGAGUUGCUAGUCAGAUGGUACCAGCUCGCAGCGUUCACUCCAUUUUUCCGAGCACAUGCGCACAUUGAGACCAAGAGACGUGAACCGUGGUUGUUCGGAGAGGAGAACACGAAACGAAUCAGGAACGCCAUCAGACGAAGAUACACAUUCCUACCUUACUGGUACACGCAGUUCUUUAAGACUUCAGUAACUGGCCAGCCCUUGAUGAGGCCCUACUGGGUGGAGUUCCCAACCGCCGAGGAGUUCUUCGACAAGGAGGAUGCCUUCAUGGUUGGACCCAGUUUACUAGUUGCACCGGUGCUACAUGAAGGAUCCACGAGUGUCAAUGUCGCCCUACCAGGCACUGAUCUGUGGUACGACUACAAAACCCUCACAUCUCACCAGGCACCGCUUCGAAUCACAGUAGAAGCAGACAUGGACUCAAUACCUGUGUACUACAGAGGGGGAUCUAUUUUACCCACUAGAGGCAGGAUUAGAAGGAGUUCAGUACUGAGUAGAGAUGACCCGUUAACUUUGAUUGUGGCGCCAGAUUCUAAGGGUUUUGCAGAGGGUGAUCUUUACUUGGACGAUGAACACACUUUCCAAUACAGGAUGGGCAAGUUCCUCUACAGAUACUUCUCUUACUCCGCCUCUGAGGCCACUCUGAAGUGCGCUAUGGCCAAGAGGAUAGUGGCAGAGCCAGGGUUUACUACACAAGUACCUGUGCACGGAUCCCAGAAAUUCGUGACUAAGGUGAAGGUGGAGCGAGUAAUUGUGCUGAAUGUAUCAAAACAGCCCAAGGAAGCCAUCCUCACGUCAGGUGGUGAAUCCAAAACAUUAGUGGUGCUCUACGACCCCGCCUCCAAAUCAGCCACAGUGCGAAAGCCAGACGUCAACAUUGCAGACGAUUUUUCAAUACAACUGGUCUACUAGCACACCGGUCUAAUUAGCACACUGGUCCGUUAGCUGAAACUCACAGACAUGAUAAACGACUACUCCGGUUAUGACCAAUUUAGAUUACAUCAUAUCGGUUUGAAUACUGAUUGACUCUUCGGAUGAGUUCCCUUUCACUGUUAAUGAGUAAUGAGGUGGUGAGUCUAGCUGGUAAAUAGAAAUAUAGUUGAUGAGGCCCCUAUUAGCACAAACAAAUCAUUUUUCAUUUAAUUUUCAUCUUCAUUUUGUGUAAAACCAGAGUUUUAUCUCGAAAAAAAUUUAGAUAAUGCUUUAUACUUGUAUAUUCCAUCGGUUAAGGCUGAGACCAGUAAAAUAGCCAAGAUGUUACAAACACGUUGAUAAAUAUCGUGUGAAUAAUUGAUUUAUUGAAUAAAUUAUGCAAAACUGGAGCUUGGGUUUUGAUAUUCAGAUCGUCAAGUCAAGAUCGCUGUGAUAAUUUCUUAUAUGAUGAUGUUAAAGGUCAAGAGAGGUGUGAAAUGAUUUAAUGUUUCGUGAAGUGAAGUAUCUUGUGAAAACUGUGUGUAUUUAUCUAUACUUCUAUGCCAAGUUGUAUUAUCUGCCAAAAGGGCCUGUAUAUGAAUCAGUAUAUUAUAUAAAUAACCAUAAUCUCUGA